UUGAUAGAAUUCGCUGGAGUUCAAUAGUUGCUUAUGUUCGCAGGUCUUGGUGUGCACUGCAUUUUUUCUAUAUAUUCUCUUGAUAAUAAAUUAAAUUCCUUGUGAUACAUUGGUAAAGAAAAGGUGUGUGCAUUUUGGAGGUGUUUUCUUAUUAAGUUUAUUGAAAGAUAACAAGAAGAAGCACAGACAGCAAAAGAAUCGCCGUGUUCUCCAUAAUUUUCCGCCAUUUUGAAAGCUACGAGUGUAAAAUUUAGUGAUUCGUCAGAAAACGCGUUGCUUAUAAAAAUUGCUAAAAUUGCUGAGAAAACGUACAUAAAAUAAAAAAAUAAGUGUAAAUUUUUAGUGGAACAGCCAAGGAAGUGUUUGUGAAUAAAAAGUAGUUGUUUAAACAUUGUGUUUGCUCGAUUGGUUCGAGGAAAAUUUUAUGUUCUGUACAAGCGAAAAGGGCUAACCAACGCAGAAAAAAGCAAGCCUACUACAAGUGAGCGAGUAGCACCACAAAAUCCACGGUCUGCCGCCGCGGCCAUAAACUUAAAAGGCAACACUUUGAAAAAUAUGGUUUAUAACUUGUAACAAAUUUAAAGUUUGUUGACGUGCCUAUCGCAGAAAAUAAAAUUGAAAGUUGUCGCGCAGUCAUAGUUCGUUUCGUUCCCAGACCUUGUCAACGUCGCAGAACACAUUUAAGUCGGUCAAUACAUACAUAGUGACCAUUCAACAAAUCGUUCGUGAAUUUUGUCCAUUUAAAAUAGUGAAAACUAUUACUGGUAAAAUGGAUAACUCAACAUGAAUGAAAUGAAGUUAUUAUGUAUGAAGGACCUACAUUUGUAUUAAAUUGUAAUCGUUGUGCCAGUUGAAAUAUCUGAGAAAAUCUGUGUGGUAUAAUUUUACGCUUUACAUAGCUGAACUCAAGUGGAAAAGGGAGUGCAAAUAACGAACGAUUGCGCUUAGUUGGAAAACCGAAAAAUUGCAAUUCAUCACAUUUCUUUUUUAAGGUCAAAGUUUUAUAUUAUUUAUAGAGGAAGAGUGUAUUAACAAACAUACAUAUUAACAUAGACUUGGAAAACGAAAACGUAGUUUUAAAUACAAAAAUACGGUAGUAACACACAAUGGAUAAAAAUAUGAUGUUACCGAAGCGUUCACGCUUAGACGUGAAAGGCACAUUCGCCAAUGGUCCGUUGCAGGCACGUCCAUUGGUUGCGUUACUUGAUGGACGCGACUGUUCAAUUGAAAUGCCUAUACUGAAAGAUGUGGCCACAGUGGCCUUCUGCGACGCACAAAGUACAUCCGAGAUUCAUGAAAAGGUUUUAAAUGAAGCUGUCGGCGCACUAAUGUGGCAUACUAUAAUCCUUACAAAAGAGGAUUUGGAAAAAUUCAAAGCUUUACGUAUUAUAGUGCGGAUUGGUAGCGGUACGGACAAUAUCGAUGUGAAAGCAGCGGGUGAACUAGGUAUUGCCGUUUGUAAUGUACCGGGUUAUGGUGUUGAGGAAGUAGCAGAUACAACAAUGUGUUUGAUAUUGAAUUUGUAUCGAAGAACCUAUUGGCUGGCGAAUAUGGUGCGCGAAGGCAAAAAAUUCACUGGUCCUGAACAAGUUCGAGAAGCAGCGCAUGGUUGCGCAAGGAUUCGAGGAGAUACCUUAGGACUUGUAGGACUUGGUCGCAUUGGCAGCGCUGUCGCUUUGCGAGCAAAAGCAUUUGGCUUUAAUGUUAUAUUUUACGACCCCUAUCUUCCGGAUGGUAUUGACAAAUCGCUUGGUCUAACUCGUGUAUACACCCUACAAGAUUUGCUGUUUCAAUCGGAUUGUGUGUCGUUGCAUUGUACACUCAACGAACACAACCACCACUUAAUUAACGAAUUCACAAUUAAACAGAUGCGACCUGGUGCAUUUUUGGUAAACACAGCACGAGGCGGGCUGGUUGAUGACGAGACCUUGGCACUGGCUCUAAAACAAGGCAGAAUAAGAGCUGCAGCUUUAGAUGUGCACGAAAACGAGCCCUACAAUGUAUUCCAAGGAGCCCUUAAAGAUGCUCCAAAUCUUAUAUGUACACCACAUGCAGCCUUCUUCAGCGAUGCAUCCGCAACCGAGUUGCGAGAAAUGGCAGCAACGGAGAUACGACGGGCAAUAGUCGGCAAUAUUCCAGACGUCUUAAGGAAUUGUGUUAAUAAGGAAUAUUUCUUGCGAACACCAGCUGUGGCUGCUGCUGCUGCAGCUGCGGCAGUGUAUUCAGAAGGUAAACUACAAAUAUUAUCAAAUCCAGAAAAGUGAAAGUAAUAUUUUAAACUAAACGUAACUUUAAUAAUUACCAAGAAAACAAAAAGAGGAAAUAGAAGAGAAACAUUGCAAAUUAUAAUAAGCGCGAAAACUGAAUAUAAAGCAAACAGGUUUAAAUACAAUUAAAUUUAAAUAAAAAACACCACAAAAAUAGAGUUAAAAUAUAAAUAUUGAGUGUAAUAAAACCUGCAAACUAAAAACAGAGCAUAAUACAGUAUAUUGAAAUAUUUAAAAAGAUGCAAAGAAUAUAAAACCACAAACACAAAACAGUAAAUCAUAAUAAGGACUAUUUAAGAAUCUAAUAUAAAUGCGAAUCUGCAAAACAAAAAAAGUAAAAUAAAACAAAAAACACAAUUAGAUUAGUGCAUAGAAUCACAAUACCAACCAACAAAGAAAAAGCAAAAUAAUUAUAAUAAGCAUAUAGUAACAAGUCAAAAAAAGAGAUAAAAAUUCAAUGCACAUAAUAUAGCGAGAGAGGAAAAGAAAUGAAUUUCUUGAGACAAAUUUAAUUAGGUUUACAGCAGCGCAUCAGUAGCUGAGCAUAUACAUACAUAUGUUUCAAUUUCCUUAAUAAUAAAAAAGUCAUGCAGUUGUACAAUACAUGAGCUUAAUAGUGUGUGUACAUAUGUACAAUAUGUACAUAGUUGUAUUUAUGUCCAAACUCAUUUACCCUCCUUCAUUAGCAUACGCGCUCUAUAUGUAUACAUACAUACAGUAUACAAAAAUAAAAUAAAAAUAUAUACAUAUAUUGAAAAAUCAAUCGCGACAGUGAAGUUUGUUGCAAGAAAUCCGAUUUUGUCAGAACACACAAAAACAUACAUACACGACGGUUUGGUUAGAGUACUCUUGAUUUUCACAAUGGAUUUUUUGUUUUAACUUUUCAAUGCGCAGUUCAUUCAAAUAUAUUUUAUGAUUCUUAUCUACACUUUAUAGUCUCUGACUGUUUUCGCAUACUGAACUGCUGACCUUGUAUUUAUACGCAUUAGGGCUUUCCAAAUUCCAGAAUUUUUUAUUAUUCAGUAUGUAUAUAUGCAUAUCUGCAUCAGAAAGUGAAAUUGUACAAAUGUACAUGAUUUUUAUUACAAUUUUUCUAAUUUCGCUAAUUUAUGUCACGACGUAACUGUUCAUAUAUAUUGUCUUUUUUUUCCUUGUUUUUUUCUCUGUACUUUCAAAAUUAACUCUUAUUUCUUUAUUUACUUGUUUAUAUGCACAUCAGAUCAAUGAAUUUCUUUCGUGUCUCAUCAAACGCACCCUAUUGUCAAUUGAAAAUUUUCUUUAUGUUUGUUUUGUGUUCUUUAUAAAUUUGAUUUGGUCAACUAAUAUUUCCUAACGUCCUCAUUAUACACAAAACCCGUUUUUAAAAAGUGAGUGCUAAAAAUAUAUGUAUUUCAAAGAACACAUUUUUGAAAUUAAAAGUCUUGGAAAAAAGAAAUAUAAUAUUUUCCUAAAGAGCUAUAAGCGCACCGUCCGUGUUAAAAAUAUUAGUGUUAUUUGAAUACUACAAUUUUUGCAUUCUGUUUUAGCACCUUUUUCUUUUGAAUUCAAUUGUGUUUUACUAAGUUUAUUUGCUGUUUAAAUAUUUCUUCUUGUUUUCCCAUUGCUUUAUUCCAAACUUUUUUGAAUUUGUUCUAUAUUGUAAUUUUCCCUUCUUUGCGUUAGGUUAGAGUUUUCGCAUUUUUGUUAGUUCAACGACCGAAAUUAUUUUUCUUUUUUGACAUAUUUGUAUAUUACAAUAUGAAAAAGUGCAACCAUAAAAAUGGUUCCACACAAGAUGGUAAUGUUUCCUCUUCAAAGAAUUCGUCAGUAAAAUAAAUAAUAAUUUUUAAAAAGCAAGCAAAAUAUUUGAUAGCAUUCAUAAAAUUUCCUUGUGAUAUACAUAUAUGCUACAAAAUCUUUAACAAGCUAAUAAUAAACUUAAAAGUGAACGACAACUACACAUCAAAACAUAAUUAUACAUCCACUUGGCAUCCAACCGAAUUCGAAUAUUGGGUGCCUGCUGGUGUAAUUUAAGAGUUAAGGUCGUUAAAUGUAUACAGGACAUAAUGCUAAAGUAUUUUGUGUGUUAAUGGAUGUUAAUUGUAAGAGUGUGUCUUAUUCAUUAUUGUAAAGCAAACAAUCGUUUAUAAAUCAUAGAAGAGGAAUGAAGAAGUUAUUUCUAUAUUUUGUAAGCAGUUGUGUACCAUAUCUGUGCACAUAAUGACUACUUAACAUUUUAUAUUCAUUUUAUGUACAUUUUAUAAUUAAAGCAAGCAAAAAUUUACUGACUUUCAAAAAUCAAAUAAAACUGUAGUUGAUAGUAUAACUAUAACCUCAAACAAUUAUUUUUACAUGAACGUAAUAUAUAUAUGCAAAAACAUUGGUUUGUUUCUUCUUGUAAUUAUAAUUAAGUUUGGAUGGUUUUAAGCUUUGUCUAAAGAACUUUUAAUAAGAAAAAUGAAAAUCUGCUCUUUAAAUGGUCUCAUCAUCCUUGUUUAUUUUUAACUACCAAUACAUACAUACAUAUAUGGUGCAUAUAUCGAAAACGUAUGUAGCGAACAGUUCAAAAUUGAUUUGCCUAAAUUCUAACCUAAAAACAAACAGUUGCCAUUUUGGAUGCGAAAUAAUUAAGCUAACAGUGUGUAACAACAAACAAUACUAUAUAUGAUAGGAAAGAUUUACGAUCAAACCGUUGCUAUAAACUGCUACACAGCUGAUAUUCUUCUUUAAUACAACAACAACAACAACAAUGACAAAAAAUAGAUGUGCGGGAUAAAACAAGCAAACAAAUAAAUGAAUGAAUGAACAUUAGCAACAUGAAGGACGAUGAGAAAAGAUAUAACAAAAAUUUUAACAUCUAACCUAACAAACUUAAAAUAUACUAAAACAGAAUAGAUUAUGUACAUUUAAAAUACUUUAAAUUUAAUAAUAUUAAUUUAGAGAUACGAUUAUAUAAAAGUAAAAAUAAAGUAAAUAAUAAAAAUAUAAAAUCGAUUUAUAAGUUCAGAAAAGAAAAUAGUAUGUAGUUUUAUGAUUAAAAAUAUUAGCAUGCUGAACAAUGCAAACACAGACACGCACGCAAAUUUAUCGUGUGAAAAUGUGCGCGAACAUUUCGUUUAUUAUUUUCUUCGCAGCUGUAUUCGUUCACUGUGAAAACGCUGUGGGAAAGUGUAAUGAACUUAAAUUACUGUUAAUUAAAUCACACGAAAUAUAUAGUUGUAUUAUUUUCCAAGCAUUUUAGCUGUCACAUAAAGCAACUGCAACACAGAAAGGGUGUUAACGCAUCUCAGAGCUUUCUUAAGUGUGAAAUAUUUUUACGCUUGCAACAUACGCUUAUGUAUACAUGAAACUAUACGUGUGCGUAUGCAGUAUAAUUACAAAGAAACUCAUAUAGAAACUACAUUAAAUGCUUAAAUGUCCUUCCGUAUCUAUUUCUGUAAUAACCAAAUAAAAAAUUGCAAUUAGUUUUGUAAUAUUGAUAUGAGGCACAUUUCCACAUUUGACUUUCACUGUCUUGAUUCUCAGUUUGAAUUAUGGUUAUUAUAAAUUCCAAAUAUUUACCUUGAAAUAUAAAUUGUAGUUUACAAAGUAGGGAUAAUUUGCACAAAUUAACCGCAAAUAAUGCGCGCAGGCGACAGUGCAAGUUCAAAAAGGCAGUGAGCGAAAAGUGAAGUGAAAAAUACAACAAAACCGAUUUUUUUCUAUGCCUUUAAUUUUAUACUUUGUCGUAAACGUAGAUUCACUAAAAAAACUGUAAAUUAUUUGUUAUAAAGAACAAAGUCUGGAAUUGUGAAUGUUGUCAGCGACGUGUCGCCAUUUGCCCAGCUGCAGCUACUUGCAUACAACGACCGCAACCAUCACCACUGCAAUCACAUCUACAUCCACUGUUAAUUGCAAAGGAAUAUGUAUACUGAGCACCCACUCCCACAUUGCAAAUUCAAAAACAAAAACAAAAAAGUAAAAAAAAAAAACUAAUGCAAAAGAAAUUAUACAUACAUUAAUAUAUUAUAAUAAGUAUAUGAGACACAUAAAAGUAUAAGUUUAAAUAAGGAAGAGUAAAGAUUGAAGUUAAAACAACAGAUUAAAAUGAUCAUAAUUAUGGUCAAGACAAUGAUGCAAAAGAAAGUAAAAUGAGAUGAAAACUGUUAUUUUGUAUUGUAUAAAUAUUUUUAAUAACUGUGAAAGCUAAAUAAAAUUAAACUUUUCCAGAGAAACAAAAAACAAAACAAAAAUAAACUAAAUUCUAAAAACAAA